AUGCCAUAAAGAGGGGAAGUCGAGCGUCUGUGUUUAGUUGAGGACUGCUUUGCAAUGCCGUGGAAAAAGUGAUUUUUGGGUGUAAUUAUAAGGAUUCCUGCCUGGGAAAGUGGUCAAAAUGAUGCGGAUUGUGGCCCUGAAUGAGGACUCCAACAGUGCGAGCAGCGAAGAUCUCGAACCACAAGUCACGAGAGAGGCGGAGGAAACCAUCGCUGUGUCUGAAUAUAUGAGAGCUCUGAGUCUCAAGCAAAAGGGCUCCGUUGAUGUUGCGCUGAAACUGCUGCUGGAACUGUUGGAGACGCAAGUGCUGUGCGAGGUGUCGCCGGAGAACAAGAAUGACAAACUCUUCUCAGUGAAGUACAAUUGCUUCCGAAACAUUGGAUUAAUUUAUGAGGACAAGGGCGAGAAACAGAAUGCUCUCAAGUACCUUGUGGACGCAUUUGAACUUGAUGCCACGGAUGUAUACACGAUGGUGCGCCUUGGGAAGCUAGCACUGUCGCUGAAUAACCUAGAUAUAGCCAGUAUAGCGUUCCAGAAGUGUUUGGAUGUGAAUCCUAAUCACUGGUCAGCUGCCGAUGGUCUUCUGGAAGUGUACUGUCGCAACGCCAGUUUCCUGAAUGCAUACGGCUGGGCACUGCACUGGCAUAAGAAAGACAGCAACUACCAGAAAGCCAUUGACGUUUUGGUGGAGAUUCAUGAGAGAUUCAGCGGAUGUAUUCCAUUUUUUGAAGAUGUCUGGAUGGGAUCAUUUGACUACAAGAAGUAUGCGGAUAAGAGGAGCAAUUCUGGAAGUGUCUUCCCAGGACCGGUGGACAUUCCAGAAGUGGAAGACAAGCGUGAGAAGCCAGACUUGUCCCAGUACAAAGUCACAGAGUUCACCUGGCUCUCGGUUGGAGAUCUCAUCAUAAAUCUGUAUGAACUUCUGAACCAAGAUGUGGAUAAUUUCUUAAAUGGAUAUACAUGGAGUGAUCUGAAGACAGCCGAAGAGUGCCAUAUGAAUGGGAUAAAUGGAGAGACACACUCAUCAGAUGUCCAGAAUGAAGAGUCCAUGAAGAUGGAGACGGAGUGUGCGAUCUUAUCAGAGACUGAAGAUGCGGUGGAAGUAAAGAAUGAUGUAAUGGAGCCACCUCCAGUGCCUGCAUCCAGUGAUAACAGUUCAAACCCAGCGAAAAGCGAUGACUCGUCUGCAGUGGAUAAGCCUAAGAAACGACGAGGAAGUGAUCUUAAGCACUUGGAGCAAUGGGGUUGGCACAAGAGCCGCGCAAGGAAGAAGCCAACGAGUGUAGCUCCUCUGGAACAGGUGGAUAAAACAUGUUCUGGCUAUCUGAAACGGAUCUUGGCAAAGUACUACAGUGAAACCUUCGACACCAGUGAAUCACCCUUCGUGGAGACCAAAAUUCCGGAGAAGGACACCUCGGAUGGCAAGAGAGGAAGGCAUGGUGAUUUUCAGACACCCUCAACAGCCACGGAGGAUGACUUUCAGAAGAGAACGACUGAGGAAUUCGAGAAGUUUGUGGGAGAGUUGCAGACAUUCGAUCUGAUCCUGCUACUCAGCAAGUGGCUGGAAUAUAUUGCCAAGCUCUGGACACAGUCCAUUCCUCGGCCAAUCUGUGAGCAGUAUCUGAAGAUCUAUAAAUAUUAUCUCAAUCAUUAUGACUUGAAUGCGUGGAAUCAGCUUGAGUAUCGGGAGUUCCAGAGUGUUUAUCAGAUGACUCUCUUCUAUCUGGAACAGGAACACGAGAGGAUCGCAGUGAAGAAGCUGAGCAAGGAGGAAUUCAGUGGAGAGUAUCGACGCCUUCUUCUACAUUUGAUGUUCUACAGUGGUUUUUACAUGCUUGAGGAUGAGGAUCAGCAUUGCCUGAACCUCAUGAGACUCUUCUGGAUAAAUUACAUCGUGUCAAAAUACGAGAACAAUCUCGAAGUGGCAAUAGAUUUUGUGUACAAGAUCAAUGAGUUGUUCCAAGAGGAUGAGAAGAGACUCACUGUAGCAGUGGAUCUGCCCAACAAGACUCUCGAGAGUCACAUUGACGUCACAAUAAUCCGUGAUCUCAUGUCUUCGCUGCAGCGCACAAUAAAGCUCAACAAUGUGGCAAAUCUGUACAAGGAUCACAAGUUCAGAGAGUUGGUGGUGAUUUUGAAAGACAGUCUGAUAAAUUGUACAGAGAUCAAGAACUCUGACAACACACUCAUGAAGAUUAACACACAGUUUGAAGUGUUGCUCGAGUCAUUGUGGAAUCUGAAUGACUUCGAGGAAUGCUUCAGAUGGUCGGAAAAGUGUCUGAAAUACGCUGUGGACUUUUUCCUCACCAUACCAGAGAACUCCUAUCGCCUGAAGGAAUGGGGUGAGUCUGUCAAUUUCAUCCUGAUGUACCUCGAGGCCCUUCUGAAGCAUGAAGGCGGUGAUGUCCUUAACUGUCUGGCACAGUACGAGGCGAGACUUGUUCAGAGUCUUGUGAACAUAGUCACUAGUCAAGUGGAUUCGCCAUUCGAGAAGAGCAGCACUCAAGUGCACACGAUCAACUUCAAGAUUCCCUGGAUUCUGCUGCAUGCCUUCGUGCAGCGCGAAGAAGAUCGUCAGCACGCUGUGGCGAAGAAGAUGAAAUCAUCCAGUGACACUUCGGAUCAGGAGGACGAAGAGGAGUCCAUGCCGAACUCCGUACUUAUCUUCUUCACGGCCCAUGAAUAUCUGGGAAAGAAGUUCUGGUGCACGAAAGAUGGUGGUCAGCUGAUGAGUUACGCUUUGGACAUUGUGGUGCCUCUCAUCAGAUCACCUAUUCUGGAGCCUUUUAGGGACAUUGUGAUGGAGUAUGUGGAGCAAUUGACUUAUUGUCUAUUCGCUUAUCCGCCGAAGAGGGCUCGAUCGCGACACAUCGAGGAGCAUGAGUCCACACAGAGUGAAUUGACGUGGGAAAAGGCGAUGCAGCUCUUUGAGAUCUAUCGUCCUGACAAUCUUCCAGAGUUUGACUCCUACAAAGUGGAUUCGAUAACUACAGACUUGGAGCAACUGUUUCAAAGAAUCCUGGCACUCACACCGAAGGAUAUCAACAUUUUAGCAGCUGCGAACACAAUCAAGGAAUUCAUUAACGGAGAUUCAACAACUUUACCUGAGUAUUCGCUCGUUUCGGCUUUUCCGAUGCGUGUUGCUUCCAUUUUCUACCUCUUGGCGGAUCAUUAUUUCAAGAAUAGAGACUUCACCAAGUCCAUCAGGUAUUAUAUUCAGGAUUUGGCACUGAAUCCCUGUCGUUUUGAUGCAUGGGCGGGAUUGGCGCUCUCGAAGGCAACAAAGUUGGAAACGAAAUUGAACUCUUGCAUCCCAUUCAACACAAAAGACUUCCUUAUUCAAUCAGAGGAGACACUACGCUGCUUCCAACAGUGCAUCAAGCUCAAUGAAACUCACAUUGCCGUGUGGAUUGAGUACGGAACUUUUGCCUACACUCUCCACUCUUACUGUUCGCGCAAUCUCAAGCAGACCAGCGAGACGCUGUCGAUGGAACGCUUUGCCUUUGUUGAGGAUCGCAAGGAGCAGUGUAUUAAGAUUGCUUAUGAUUGCUUCCACACGGUUGAAAUGUUGAAGCAUGUGGAUGAGAUGAAGGGCAAUGCUGAGGAGUCGCAUGAGGAGAAGUGGCUCUAUCACUAUAUGCUGGGAAAAGUGUCUGAGAAGCGGAAGGAACAGCCGAGUGUCUACUUGGACCACUACAUGAAGGCUUCCAAGUACCUCUACGAUAGCAAUGCGACAUAUCCCAUUCGGAUUAGUCACAGCAAUCCGCAAAAUUUGUCCGUUGAGGCAUUGGAGAUAUUCUAUCGCAUCACAGCGGCGGUUAUAAAAUACUUAGAGCAGCAUCGUACUGUGACUAGAGAGACUGGGAAGUUGUUCAAUAAGGUGCUGAAGCAGCUGGCCAACAGUGCUUUCAUGUUCAAUCAGGCGAAGUUGGAUAACAAUAGUUUGAAUGCACUCAAGAGACAGAAGAUCGCUGUUGCAACUGUUGAGAGUGCGAAGAGGCAGAAGACUGAGGAGAAUCCAGCGACUGAAGUUGCCGCUGAACCGACAAAUGGAAUGGAAGUGAACCCAGCGGAGGAGAUUAAGGUCAAGGAAGCGACUGAAGAGGAAGUGAAGGAUAAAGAGGCGCCUGUGGAGGAAGUUAAGGCAAAGGAAUCGGUGCCACAGACACACGUUAGGAGGAGUUCUCAGGAAUCAACUGCCACGUCUGUCACGACGACCACAACCACUGGCACUACUGGAACGUCCAGUUCCUCCUCCAGUUCCUCUUCUGAAUCUGGAAGCAGUGACACUGAAACGGAAUCUGAGUCGUCAAGUGAUGAUGAGCAGAAAAAGAAUACACCUCUGACAGAUGAUGAAUUGGAGGCGAUCUAUAAGGCGUGCGUGAAGAAUUUUGAGGAGUGCUUGGCUCGAUUUCCCGAACACUUCAAGUCUGUCCAUCGGCUGGUGCAUCACUAUCUCACGGCGCCAGAGAAGAUGCGCUCCAUGGAGAAGUCCAAGCAGCUGCUCCUGGGCACUUACACAACGACGCUGGGUAACAGAAUCCAGGGGCUGUUCGUUGAUCGCAAGACCAAUAACUUCUUCAAUGGAAUCUGGCGGAAUCCUUCCUCGGAGAUCGAUCGUCCGGGCAGUUUUGCCUCUCAUCUGUCCAAAUGUGUGAUUGUGUUGAUGGAUGUGUUGAAAGCGAAUUGUGAUUAUAGGAUUCUGUUUGAGUUGGCACUGCAGCUGCACAGAUCUCCCGAGGCGGACAAGAAGUACAUCAAGGACACAGAGAGAAAGGAGCUCUUUCAGCAGGCGGUGUCCUUCUGUGUGCAGUCAUUCAGGAGUCUGCUGAAGCGACACGGAAGCGAUGAGAGGAACGAUGGGAAGUUGCUGGAUCUCAUCAUUGAAAUAUACACCACUCAUCGGAAGUGUUUUAAGCAUAUGCAACAGAAGGAGAACAUCUUCAUGGGAGUGUUGGUGGAUGCAUACAAAUGCUAUAUUCAGGACAAGAUUCCCAAGUUGCCUGACAACAUCCACUUAGGAGACUUGGCUGUGAAACUCUGCGUGCAGGAAAUGACCAAUAGGAGAACGCAAGAGAAGCAGGCAGCCCUGGGAAAUCCUCAGCAUACUCACAAUCAGGAGACUGCAGAUGGUGCUGGCAGGGAGAUUUCCCUCGGUACUGGCAUGGCAUCUACGAAGAUCAGCCAAACAAUGGUGACUGCCUCACUAACAACCACAACUCCCAAGUCUACGUAUAUUCCGGGAUUGUCGAGGCCUCGAGGACGUCCGGCGGGCAGUAAGAACAGUUCAGCGACAACGACAACAUCCACGAUUAAUCCACUGUUGGACUCUCAACUGGCGACUUUUAUGGCAAUGUACUCCAAUCCGUCGCUUUUCUCUUCAGCCGGAUUCGGAUCUUCUGGCUCAGAAUCGGGGAUGAACUCUUUCCUGGCUGAGUACUAUAAGAUGGCAUUGGCACCGAGUCUGGGCAUGGUUCCCAGUCUACCAUCACUGCCCAAUCCUCUGCUUGGUCUGGGUGGCAUGAAAAUGAACUCAAUAACACCGAAAUUGCCGUCAGGAACGACACUUCAACCUCAGAUGUCGGCAAAAGCGUCAAAAUCCAGUUCAACUCCUCAAAUACCUCAAGUUGAUAUGAAGAGCAUCAUCGCCUCAGCGGCUAGUAUGGUGGCGUCUAGUGGGAAGACAACUUCCAGCACAAUUAACCUCGGCGGUGGGCAGCUGACGAUCACACCGACUCAGCAAUGUGCGACGAAGGAGUCACAAAAAGGCGGUGAGGCGGGAAAGAGUUCGUCAAAGCCGAGUUAUGCUCAGGAAGUCAUCAAUGCCGUGGCGAAUAAGAUCAAGAUGCCGUCUAUGGGAUCUCGCUUCUCUCUGCCGUCAGAAUUGCCUAAAUCGCUGACCAUUACGCCUUCUAUGGAGCCGCCGAAGAGGCCUGCGAGUAUGGAUAGCCAAAUGGCGAAACUGGAUGUGUUCCACAAAGGAGUUCUGCCGCCAAAUCCCACCUCAAAGGCCAAAACGGCAAGGAAGCGAACUACGCCAUAUUCCAGAUCAGCCGCCAAUGUUCCGCCCAUAACGUCGAUGAGCCAGUGGAGUCAGUUGGUGUCGCAGUACAAGACUGGCAUGAGCAUGCCGAGUCAGGCGGAGAUGAUGAGACUGCAGACAUACAGGGAUUCCUACUUGGAGUUCCUCAGCAAUCCCAAGGCGAGCUUCCCAGGCACUCCACCUGCUCAAAGUGGCAGCAAGAAGACACAAUCUUCACGAUCACGCGACACAACUCAGGUGAUCUCGGCGCAGAGCUUGAUCUCGAGCAGCAAGAUUAGUCAGUCGAAGGUGGACAUCCCGAAGUCAUCACUGCCAAAUUUCUCCUUGCCACCACUGCCCACGUCUCCGGCACUGUCUGUCUCUGCCGCGAAGUCACCUCAGAUCCCCAUGACGUCGCCGAUGAUGGGCUCACCCACGAAGACGCUGCAGCAAAAGCUGGCGGAGCGCCAGAAGGCCAAUGCGUCGCUGAAUGAGAAGAAGGAGGCGGCAAAGUCGGCCACGAGCAAUCCACGACGUUUGCAUCCCGAUGAUGAUGUUAUUGUGCUGGAUUGACGUUAAGAGAAUGGGAUGUCGUUGGAUUAAUUUAUUUCUCAUCUCUGUUUCCAAAAAUAAGACAGGGAUCUUGGGAUCAUUACAAGAAGUCAAUGAACAUAACUAUAAAAGAGAUCUCUGGCCAUCAGUGAGAUUAUUAGAUUUUUGUAAAGAUCCGCCCGCCGACAAUUCAAAUACCGCCUCGAUAUGUACACAAUAAAAUCGAGUUAAUCACCUUUCGCGACUGUAUGCAGUCCAAAGCUCUUGUCCAGGUGUUCAGGGGGUGUGUUAUUAAACAACGUAAAAGCUUAUUCAUUACAAUAGACAAAAAAGAAGAAGAAUGAGGCAUUUCACACGCGAUCAGUGAUAAAAGGUGGAAACUCAACGGCAAAACAUUGAUGUCUCUUUUCUAAAAAUUAAUAAAUUAACACAUGUAUAAAGUGAUCACACA